GCUGCCCUUAACGCCGCGCUCCAGAACCUCAUCUUCCGCUACCUGCAAAACAGAUCCAGGAUCCAGGUGUGGCUCUAYGAGCAAGUGAACAUGCGGAUAGAAGGCUGCAUCAUUGGCUUUGAUGAAUACAUGAACUUGGUCCUGGACGACGCGGAGGAGAUUCACUCCAAAACAAAAUCGAGGAAACAGCUGGGUCGGAUCAUGUUAAAAGGGGACAAUAUCACUCUCCUCCAAAGUGUUUCUAACUAGAGUUUGCUGGUUGCUGGUUUUUCCACUUAAAAACAAGAGUUACUGCGUGACAGAGGGGACACGAUGUUAGGUUGUGGGAAGGUGACCUGCGGGUAGAUAGGAAGCUGCAUGUAGCUAAACAUGCUGAGUUUAAAAUGGCCUGUUUCUUUGUGGGAUUAUUAACAUGCUGAGUUUAAAACGGCCUGUUUCUUUGUGGGAUUAUUAGGGUUUUUUUUUAACUUGGGAAUGACAGAAGAUGUAUUUCACAAAUAAACGUUUUUCACAUUAACCGUU